AUGCACCUUGGUUUAUUCCCAAAUAACACCAUUCACACAGAUCUCAAAAUCAAUACCAUUGCAGAAUAUAUACGCAAACUCUUUCCACCAACUUCUUUCAAUCAGUUCCAAUUCCAUCAUAAUCCAGAAAUAUCAAACCUUCGAUAUACUCCAAUCCCUGUUGAAAAACACAGGUUUGUGGCAGUGACACGCCCAUUACGUCCACGUAUGACCAAAACGCUUGCUUUUUCCAUCAUUUGUCUAGUAUGGUCACUGAGUGCUAUCCUUUCAGUGCCAUCUGUAUUGUACGCAACCACAAUUACGUACAAAUAUGUGAACCAAGGACAAAGGACGCUCUGCUUGUUAGUUUGGCCAGAUGGAGAACCUGGAAAAUCGUACGCCGACCAUGUGUACAAUAUCAUAUUCUUCAUCGUAACGUAUGUCAUUCCAAUGGUGUGCAUGGCCUUCACAUAUACAUGGGUAGGAUGUAUUUUGUGGGGAAGUAAAGUUAUUGGCGAGAAUUCAGACCGCCAGAAUGAAGUCGUAAAAGCAAAGCAAAGGGUCGUUCAUAUGCUGGUUGCGAUUAUGCUACUUUUUGCUGUUUGUUGGCUGCCCUAUCACAUAUACUUUCUGUAUACAUACUACCACAAGGAUAUACUACAAACGCAUUUUAUCCAGCACGUAUAUCUAGCUAUUUACUGGCUUGCAAUGUCGAAUUCUUGUUAUAAUCCUAUUGUGUACUACAUCAUGAAUGCUAGAUUUCGAGGCUACUUCCAAGGAGUCAUGUGUCUUCAUGGUCGAUCCUUGAAGCCGGUGGAAACAGCAAUUCAGACACCUAGGUCUGUACCUUUAAUGGCAAGGACAUCUGUUAUGACUUCUAACAGAACUCGCUCCUAUAAACUGAGCAUGCAAGGUUGUCGAAAACGGUCUCAGCCAAUAAACUCUGCUUUGUAAGAAAAAUAAUCGAGCUUGCAUUUGUAUUUAUUCAUUACACCCAAAGAAAGAAAUGACUUGUCAAGAAGAAUUUCUCUUAAUAAAUGGAAUUUUAAUGUGAUUGAAAGUUUGUUGUGGACACGUAAACUCGUGUAAUAUUUUGCUUAUCUAUAUUUCUAUUAUGAUACUUCAAAAAUCUGUACUUCUUACUAUCUACACUUCCUCUUUGUAAACAAACCCCUUUAGAACAAGUAACUUGAACUAUCCUAUUCUACCUUCAAUCACUGGAAUGAAUUUUUUAAAAUUCUUAUAUGUAAUAUUUUAAUACAACUUUUUUCUAGAGUAUUGACAAAUGUAUAUGUUUAUUGCAUGAUAAUGAUUUAAAAAGUAUAUGUUUAUGUGGCAUAAUAAAAUGUAU